AUGAGAAUUGUGGUCAACAUGAUAAUGGGCGAUAUUAUGAAUGCAUUUUCGGAGGGAUUGGUGUUGUCAAAAAGGAGUGGACUUAGCCCUCAUGAUAUGGAAAAGGAUCGUGCCCAAAACCGAUGUAAACACCAACCACAAAAUAUUACUUGGACUCACAUAGAGCUGAGUAAGACACAUAAAUCCUUUCUAAGAGGUAACAAUGCUCGAAAAGCCCGAAUGAAGAAACACUCCCAAACUCUUAAAGAAAAUCAUUAUAGUCCAUCUAUUCCUAAUGAGGGAGGUAAGCGAUUGAACAUGAAAUUCGAGCUCUCAUACAAAGCCUAUGAGAGAAAAGACUACAACCCUUUCAAGCUUCUCCUAGAAGACAUGCUAGAUGGUUUUGUCCCGAAUAACAUGCCAAACGAUUGA